UUUUUUUUGUUUCUUUUCCCACUUCAUCGAUGCGCAGUCGUCGGUUGGUCGUUGUGCUGUGCUCGGUCGCGCUGAUCCAGCUGCUGGUGGCUGCUGGCUCGCUGGCCCAGGAGAACGCUCAUGCGCACGCACACGCAGCCGUCAAUGGUGCGGGCAAGUACGGAAAGGCAGUCAACGUUGCCGCUGCCGCGCGUCAGCAACACAGCCAAGGCCACAACCACGCACAUAGCCACGAUCACGGCCAUAGCCAUAGCCAUAGUCACGGCCAUAGCCACGAGCAUGCCCACGCUGGCGAGCCGCGGAUUGUCGCUGUCGCAGCCGUGCCAAUCCAAGCUGCAGACCAAGCACCCAGCCAAGCACACAAUCACAACCACAACCACGACCACGACCACGACCACAACCACGACCACGACCACGAUCACGACCACGGACAUGGUCAUAGCCACGAGCAUGCCCACGCUGGCCAGGCGGCAGCGGCAGCGGCAGUCUCCAAGAACGCAAUCACUCCGAGUGCCCAAUCAUCUCCCGUUCCGGACCAAGCUCACAACCACGACCACCACGAUGAUUGCUCCCACGACCACAGUCACGACGACGCAUCUGCCACGUCCGUUGCUUUUGGCAGCCCCGCCUGGAUCCAUGCGCUGGGCUCAACCGCUCUGAUUAGCAUUCUGCCGAUCGCCCUGCUCUUCUUCAUUCCGCUGGAUAAGGCUGCGUCUGCAACCCACGCCUCGCCGCUGCUCAAGGUCCUGCUCAGCUUUGCGGCCGGUGGUCUGCUUGGUGAUGUCUUUUUGCACCUGCUUCCGCACUCGUUCGCCCCGCACUCUGAGGGCGGCGACGACAACGGUGGUCACUCGCACUCGCAUUCGCAUUCGCAUGCGCACUCUCACUCCUCGGCCGAUCCGCACACGGCUGGCCUGUUGAUCGGACUGUGGAUUGUGUCUGGCAUCUUUGCCUUCUUUGUGAUUGAGAAAAUCAUGCGCCUGCUGGGUCGCCAGUCGCACUCGCAUUCCCAUGCGGAGCCUGCUGCCUCCGAUUCAGCCAAGAAGGCGGCCAGCAGCAAGGACGGCGCAAACAAAGACGGUCAUGGCCAUGCUCACGAGCACCACGACCACCAGCACGAAGAAGAGGAGCUUGCUCGCGCUGCCGGCAUGAAGGCUGCGGGCUGGCUGAACCUUGUGGCCGACUUUGCCCACAACUUUACGGACGGCAUGGCGAUCGGAGCCAUGUACCUGCACGGCGGCCGUGUUGGUCUGACGACGACGAUUGCCGUGUUGAUGCACGAGAUUCCGCACGAGCUGGGCGACUAUGCGAUUCUGAUUCGCUGCGGCAUGUCCAAGAAGCAAGCCAUCCUGGCGCAGUUCUCCACAGCCAUCGGCGCGGUGUGCGGCACCUUCCUCGGACUCAUGUCAGAGGGCAUUGCCGAAUCCUCGUCGUGGAUUGCGCCGUUCGCUGCCGGCGGCUUUAUCUAUAUCGCACUCGUCACCGUCGUGCCCGAGCUUCUGGACGACAGCCAUGUCCGAUCGCGCUCCACCACGUGGGCCAUCCUCUUCUUCCUGAUCGAAGCGCUCGCGUUCGUCGCUGGUGUCGGGUUGAUGGGUUUGAUUGCUUUGUUUGAGUGAAACAGUGAUGCCAACCGGUCAGUCAGCUCGUCUAAUACAGUAG